GAAGAUGCGCGGGCGUUGUAUGGUCGUUGGUGGACGAACGUCGAAUUUGUUCGGAAUCGAGUGGAUCGCUGAACUCGGUCUUUGGGAUGUAGCACCGAGUGCCUACUGCCACGCUGUCCAAGGAGAAUUUGACACGGCGAGUGCUGUCAAGGAAAUCCGGGAAUCUUUUCCGGGAGUUUUUGGACGUGAGAUCGGGAAAUGUACACGCAUCACUGCUUCCAUCCACCUGAAACCCAACGCAAAGCCCAUUUUUCGCCCAAAGCGUCCGGUUGCUUUUCAUAUGCUGCCAGUGGUAGACGAAGAACUGCAGCGUCUGCAGUCAUCAGGGAUUAUUACUCCAGUCGAAUAUUCCCCAUGGGCCGCACCCAUCGUCGUGGCACGCAAGUCAAAUGGAACAAUCCGGAUAUGUGGCGAUUAUUCAAGUGGCCUCAAUGAGUCGAUUGAAAUGAAUAACUAUCCUAUUCCCGACCCUGAUAGUUUAUUCAGCCGCUUGUCAAACAAGAGCGUUUUCAGCCACAUCGACUUGUCCGAUGCAUAUCUACAAGUGCCCAUGGAUACUGAGUCGAGCAAUCUACUCACUAUUCACACUCCCCGAGGACUUUUCCGGUUCAAUCGCCUCCCACCUGGCAUCAAAAGCGCGCCCGGAAUUUUUCAAGAGGUGGUUGAGCGCAUGCUCCAAGGAAUACCGGAUGUGAUAUGCUAUUUCGACGAUAUCUGUGUCGCAAGUUCGUCCCCAGAAGCACAUUUCUCGACACUCAAAGCCGUUUUUCAACGUUUGAAGGAUUUCAACUUCCGUGUCCGCCUUGAGAAAUAUCCGGACAAAUGUGACGCUAUUAAACGGAUGCCUGCUCCGAAAAAUGUCCAGGAACUACGUAGCUUUCUGGGGGCAAUUCAAUUUUGGGGAAAGUUUGUGAAGGGCAUGAGUGAACUACGCAAACCAAUGGACGACCUCCUCAAGAAAAAUGCCAGAUGGAAAUGGACUCAACAAUGUCAGAAAGCUUUUAUUCGCUUUAAGGAAAUUCUGACUUCCGAUCUGCUGCUUACGCACUAUGACCCACAUCUGCCUAUCACCAUAGCUUCGGACGCUUCAUCACACGCUAUGGGCUGCGUGGCAUACCACGAAUAUCCUGAUGGGACAUUGAAGGCAUUCUACCAUGCCUCCCGCAAGAUGACAGACGCAGAAAUGGGGUACAGCCAGAUUGAGAAAGAAGCGCUUGGAAUUAUUUUCGCUGUAAAGAAAUUCCACCGUUUCAUUUAUGGCCGGAACUUCACGCUCUUAACCGACCAUAAGCCCCUACUGUCCAUUUUUGGUAGCAAAAAGGGCAUACCGGUUCACACCGCGAAUCGUCUCCAGAGAUGGGCCCUCAUACUCUUGGGAUACGAUUUUACCAUCAAAUACACAUCCACCACCAGUUUUGGGCAUGCUGACGUAUUGUCCAGGCUUAUCAACAAUCACCGGCAACCUGACGAUGAGGUGAUCAUUGCACAAAUUCUUGAUGAGGAGUACGACAACGUGGUAGUCCAGGAAGUGACCACCCAACUGCCUGUGAAUUUUCGAAUGAUCAAGGACGCCACCGCUGCCUCAAGGGACCUACAAUUGUUGAUUGGAUACAUCAAGGGUGGAUGGCCGCCUUCCCAGAAGUCCAUCAAAUCUCGGGAAGUAGCUCGUUAUUUCAAGAUACGUGAUGCUUUGUCAAUUAUUAAAGAUUGUGUCUUUUACAGGGACCGGGUGGUGGUACCAGAGACAUUCCGGAGCAAGAUUCUCGCACAACUUCACGAGGCGCACCCUGGCAUGUCACGCAUGAAAGCCUUGGCCCGCAGUUACGUCUUUUGGCCAGGCUUGGAUGAAGAUGUUGAGAUGAAAGUGCGCCACUGCUCCGAUUGUGCCAUCGCAUCCCGGUCCCCUGUCAAGACCAAUCUAGCAUCAUGGCCGUUGUCCACUGGCCCAUGGCAACGGAUACACUUGGACUACGCCAAGUACAAGGGAGAUUAUUUUCUGCUCGUCAUCGACGCUUAUUCGAAAUGGCCAGAAGUAUUCCGUACGUCUUCAACGACAACAACAAUCACCAUUCAGAAGCUUGUGGAAGUUUUUGCCCGACAUGGUCUUCCGGAAGUCAUCGUUAGUGAUAAUGGGACGCAGUUUGUCAGCGAUGAGUUCCAAGAGUUUUGUCGUCUCAACGGAAUACAGCAUAUUCGCACUUGCCCCUACUCCCCAGCAAGCAAUGGGCAGUGCGAACGUCUAGUGGAUACUCUCAAGCGAUCCCUGGAGAAGCAAUCUGCGCAGAAAAUCGACACGGCACUUCAGAGAUUUCUGGCCAACUACCGUGUGACUCCCAAUGAUUACGCGCCUGCAGGGAAAUCUCCAUCAGAAGUCAUGUACGGCCGCAAGGUACGUACAAUCUUUGAUCUCCUGAAAGAGCGUCCCAAGGAGCCUCUGCAACGCAACGAGAAGAUGGAGAGAGAUUACAACAAGAAGCACGGCACGAAACAGAGUUCCUUCUCAAAGGGGGAGGAGAUCUAUGCGAAGAAGUUUGCACAAGGAGGUAAAUGGAAAUGGGUUCCUGGCAAAAUCAUUGAACGUCGUGGGACGGUUACUUACAAUGUGCGGCUCAGUGAUGGACUCAUCAUCAGGUCUCAUGUGAAUCAACUCAAGCGCCGUUUUAGUGAGACGCUAGAUACACCUGCUGAUACAUCAUCGUCUGAUUUGCCAAUUUUUGCACCCUCUUCCGUGCCAUUACUCUCUCAAGUACAGCCUCAGAACUCGCCGCAGCCACAAUCUACACACUCUGAGACCCCUGUACUGCCAUUACCUUCUCGCACUCCACAAAAGGCACCGAAAGAUCCACCUGCUGAAGUUCGGUCACCAAUAGCUGGCCCUUCUCGUGCAACACCGCCACGAGUUACACCCCCACAACCAUCCCCGCGUAUGUCACUGCAAAGCAUCCCACCGCAAUCUGCUAUCACUAUUAGUUCGGACACUGAGGAUUCUGCUACACCUUAUGAGGACACAGUGACUACUCCUGAAAGAAGCAACGCGGGACAAAGUGAGGAUGUUGAGGAUGAUCCAGCUGCUUCAGAUCUUUCCCCGGAAGUUGAGCGCCCGGCUCCAGCUACACCAUUGUACCGUCGCUUGCGUGCACGACCGUACAGGAUCAGUGAGCGCUUCAAGAACCGAGAGGAUCAUCAGGGUGGACCUUCCGCUCCUUAGGGGGGAGGUGUUAUACGGCGAUUUGAAUUUACCGCCUAAACGAAUAGGCUCGCGCGCCAGCGCCACGAGUGGUUCACCGCCCAAUCUGAAUUAGGAGAACCACCACGAGGGAACACGUUAUGUCACUUCUAUUCUUACUACUUCCGCUACGGCUGCUCUUGAAUUUAUUCUUUUUGUAAAAGUGAAUUUUAUAUUUCUAAAUAAAGUAGUUUUUGAAUUAGUUGUUCGUGGAUAGUAGAGACGUCUUUCAUUCUACCCUACGGACCUGGAGGAAUCAAAAAUUCGGCAACGAGGCCGUGAUAUUUAUUAAUUAUACACGUCUAUACUCUCAGGUGCGUAGGCCACGAUACAACAUAAUUAAAUAAAUUUUAUAAAAUAAUAAUAUAUAAAAUAAUAUAAAAGAUCAAAUUGGGCCUAAUUCAGCGACCAAGAAACCCUUGAAGUUUGCUUGAAAUCUUUAAAUUUCAGUACAAAAUUUAAAGAUUUCAAGGGUUCAAUAAAUUUUUGUUUCUUUUAAAUGUUUAAGAGUUUAAGGACGUCUUAGAAUUUUUUUUUGAAAAUAAUAAGUUAUAUUAUCCUUUAAACUUUAUUUAAUUAAAAAAAUAUAUCUAAAAUUAGAAGAAAUGAAUGGAUUUAUUUUUUAAAAAAAAUAACGUUUUCAAGGAUCUCUGCAAAGUUAUAGGGGAACCUAAACUAAAUAUGACCUUUCGUAAACGGUGUUUAG